AUGUUGGGUCUUAUAGCUAACGCAUUGCGGAUGCUCAACCACUGCAGUUAUCAAGGAAGAAUUCGUCGCAACCAGCAUGUCCGUGUCAGGUUACUCCCCAGGUUCCAAGGCUCUAUAUUAGAGAGGACCGUGCGGUUGGGCCAUCCAAUGGUAGGAACCUUGUCCGGAUAUCUGGCUUUUUGGACCUGGAUCUCUAAACUCCGCAUUUUCGCUGUCCCCGCUAUUGAGAUACACGUCAACGUGAGCUACCAGUCGAAAGCGCCACUGAUCCAUCCCAACGGCCGACAAUGA